CUUAUCCAAAGCCAGAGACCUUGACCCGUAUUAUGAACGAACCACACCCAAACUUUACACUAUAAUCAAACGAAUCGACCCAACUCUAUAAAUCCGCUCCUUCAUCCGAAACCCAGAACCACAACACCAGUGUUAAUUUCCUGCUACGGCAUUAUGUAUGGAGCAGGUUCAGAUCCGACGAAGCCAACGGCAACGGGUUUCCCCGUUAGUUACAGCACUUCAACGACAUACACCACCACCAACGACACUUCUUCCUACGCGCCGCCGGCACCUCCUCAGCCCAAACCUAUCGUUGAAUGGUCCACCGGCCUCUGUGAUUGCUUUUCCGAUUGUGGAAACUGUUGCUUAACGUGGUGGUGUCCGUGUAUUACCUUUGGACGGAUUGCGGAAAUCGUUGACAGGGGAUCCUCAUCGUGUGGUUCGAGUGGGGCUCUGUAUACGCUUGUUUGUUGUGUGACAUGUUGUGCUUGCAUAUACUCGUGCUUCUACCGAUCCAAGAUGAGAAGACAGCAUGGUUUAAAGGGAAAUGGAUGUACUGAUUGCUUGAUUCAUUGCUGCUGCGAGCCCUGCGCUCUCUGUCAAGAGUAUCGUGAGCUUGAAAGCCGUGGCUUUGACAUGAUUAUUGGUUGGCAUGGAAAUGUAGAGCAACGAAGUCGGGGAGUGGCCAUGACUGCCUUAACAGCUCCAUCAGUGGAACAGAGCAUGAACCGUUGAAGUGAUCCUAGUAUGUUAAACCUCAAGAAUAAUGUUUCUAGUUGUAACUAAUGUCAUAGUAUCUUAUAUGUUUUUUCCCCUCUUUCUAUCUGAACAUGCUCCCAUAAUCUAAGACUCACUCUCUCUAUUCAAUUACUAAACCAAAUACAAGGUAUUAAAUAAUUAUCCUGUACUUGGACUCAAAUUAUUUUUAUGAUUUUGGCAAGUCAACGAUAUUUAC